AUGGCUUCCGUGCAAGUGAUCAACGAUGGAAAGGGUAAAACCGCGGUAGCAACAACACCCAACGCCGAUGAUUACGAUGCUCCAGAAUUUGAUCCUGAAAACACAGCUCGUGAAAGCUCGUGGUGGAAAGGGGGUCAUGAUUCGGACGAAAAGAAACUGCUAUUCAAGCUGGAUUUCUUUAUCCUGAGCUGGGCUUGUUUUGGCUAUUUCUUGAGACUUCUCGAUACCACAAACAUGACAAAUGCUUAUGUAUCUGGCAUGAAGGAGGCAAGAAACGAAUACAACCUCUUCUCCACGUUUUGGACAGUCGGAUACACGAUUGGCAUGAUUCCUAGCCAAGUCAUCACUUCAUAUGUUCGCCCGUCAGUAUGGAUACCCAUAUGCGAGGUUAUCUGGGCCAUCUUGACGUUCUGUUUUGCCGCUGUGCGCAAUGCCAAGACCAUCUACGCGAUGCGCUUCCUGAUUGGAUUGGCGGAGGCGCCGUUCUACAUUGGGGUCAUGACACUUCUUGGAAAUUGGUACACGCCCAAGGGCAAGUUAUCUACCCUUUUAAGGCUUGCUACUAGGGCUGGUAUUUUCUACUCGGCCUCUUUUGCAGCCAAUAUGUUUUCCGGCUACCUUCAAGCCGGUGUCUACACCGGUCUAAAUGGGCAUCAUGGCCUCGCAGGCUGGAGAUGGCUCUUCAUCAUGUGUGGAGUCAUCAAUGUGCCCGGAGCCCUUUGGGGUUUCGUGGCUGUCCCUGACAGUCCGUACAAUACUCGCGUAUUCUAUCUCAGUGAGAAGCAGAUCGAACUCGCAAAGGCGCGGAUGGAGCGGCUCGAACGGAAGCCUUUCAACGGUAUUACCCUCCAGACCUUCCGAAAGAUGUUGUCUAGCCCGUUUGUUUGGGUUUUCGUCAUCAAUUACAUUUUCUUCUGCCUCGACACUUACGCACUGUCUUUCUUUGCUAUAUACCUCAAAUCGUUAGGGACGUACACUGUUCAGCAGGUCAACGUAAUCCCGACAGCCGCCUACGCUGUCGGUCUGGUUGGCACAAUUAUCUGGGGUGUUCUCUCGGACCGUCUUCAUACGCGCAUAGUGAUCGCAGUAGCCAUCACGGCUGUCAAUGUGGUCUCGAACGCAGUGCUAGCUGCAUCCGUAUCCAAAGCCAGCAUCUUCUUUGGCUACAUGAUCAAUGCAGCGACAUAUGCAUAUGGCCCAGUUAUUAUUUCAUAUCUGAAUGAAGUAUUCUCAUCCUCAGCUGACGAACGUGCUCUGAUCUUGGGUAUUGCUCAAGCGAUUGGCGCUGCCUUUAAUGCAUGGGUUCCUUUGUUCAUUUUCAACACUGGCACGCAAGCACCUCUGUUUAAAAUUGGAUUCACGACAGCUUCUGCUUGUGCUGCAGCACAAGGCGUCGGAGUUUUGCUACUUGGAAAAUUCGGCAAGACAAUCGAGGAUAAACGGCGCCAUGUUGAAACCGAGUCAUAA